AUGAGGAGUCAAAACCAAGGAGGAGGAGCGCGACACCAGGGGAGAGGAGUCAAAACCAAGGAGGAGGAGGCGACACCAGGGGAGAGGAGUCAAAACCAAGGAGGAAGGAGGCCGACACCAGGGGAGAGGAGUCAAAAACCAAGGAGGAGGAGGCGACACCAGGGAGAGGAGUCAAAACCAAGGAGGAGGAGGCGACCACCAGGGGAGAGGAGUCAAAACCAAGGAGGAGGAGGCGACACCAGGGGAGAGGAGUCAAAACCAAGGAGGAGGAGGCGACACACAGGGAGAGGAGUCAAAACCAAGGAGGAGGAGGCGACCACCAGGGGAGAGGAGUCAAAACCAAGGAGGAGGAGGCGACACCAGGGGAGAGGAGUCAAAACCAAGGAGGAGGAGGCGACACCAGGGGAGAGGAGUCAAAACCAAGGAGGAGGAGGCGACACCAGGGGAGAGGAGUCAAAACCAAGGAGGAGGAGGCGACACCAGGGGAGAGGAGUCAAAACCAAGGAGGAGGAGCGACACCAGGGGAGAGGAGUCAAAACCAAGGAGGAGGAGGCGACACCAGGGGAGAGGAGUCAAAACCAAGGAGGAGGAGGCGACACCAGGGGAGAGGAGUCAAAACCAAGGAGGAGGAGGCGACACCAGGGGAGAGGAGUCAAAACCAAGGAGGAGGAGGCGACACCAGGGGAGAGGAGUCAAAACCAAGGAGGAGGAGGCGACACCAGGGGAGAGGAGGUCAAAACCAAGGAGGAGGAGGACGACCCAUGGGAGAGGUCAAAACCAAGGAGGAGGAGGCGACACCAGGGGAGAGGAGUCAAAACCAAGGAGGAGGAGGCGACACCAGGGGAGAGGAGUCAAAACCAAGGAGGAGGAGGCGACACCAGGGGAGAGGAGUCAAAACCAAGGAGGAGGAGGCGACACCAGGGGAGAGGAGUCAAAACCAAGGAGGAGGAGGCGACACCAGGGGAGAGGAGUCAAAACCAAGGAGGAGGAGGCGACACCAGGGGAGAGGAGUCAAAACCAAGGAGGAGGAGGCGACACCAGGGGAGAGGAGUCAAAACCAAGGAGGAGGAGGCGACACCAGGGGAGAGGAGUCAAAACCAAGGAGGAGGAGGCGACACCAGGGGAGAGGAGUCAAAACCAAGGAGGAGGAGGCGACACCAGGGGAGAGGAGUCAAAACCAAGGAGGAGGAGGCGACACCAGGGGAGAGGAGUCAAAACCAAGGAGGAGGAGGCGACACCAGGGGAGAGGAGUCAAAACCAAGGAGGAGGAGGCGACACCAGGGGAGAGGAGUCAAAACCAAGGAGGAGGAGGCGACACCAGGGGAGAGGAGUCAAAACCAAGGAGGAGGAGGCGACACCAGGGGAGAGGAGUCAAAACCAAGGAGGAGGAGGCGACACCAGGGGAGAGGAGUCAAAACCAAGGAGGAGGAGGCGACACCAGGGGAGAGGAGUCAAAACCAAGGAGGAGGAGGCGACACCAGGGGAGAGGAGUCAAAACCAAGGAGGAGGAGGCGACACCAGGGGAGAGGAGUCAAAACCAAGGAGGAGGAGGCGACACCAGGGGAGAGGAGUCAAAACCAAGGAGGAGGAGGCGACACCAGGGGAGAGGAGUCAAAACCAAGGAGGAGGAGGCGACACCAGGGGAGAGGAGUCAAAACCAAGGAGGAGGAGGCGACACCAGGGGAGAGGAGUCAAAACCAAGGAGGAGGAGGCGACACCAGGGGAGAGGAGUCAAAACCAAGGAGGAGGAGGCGACACCAGGGGAGAGGAGUCAAAACCAAGGAGGAGGAGGCGACACCAGGGGAGAGGAGUCAAAACCAAGGAGGAGGAGGCGACACCAGGGGAGAGGAGUCAAAAACCAAGGAGGAGGAGGCGACACCAGGGGAGAGGAGUCAAAACCAAGGAGGAGAGGCGACACCAGGGGAGAGGAGUCAAAACCAAGGAGGAGGAGGCGACACCAGGGGAGAGGAGUCAAAACCAAGGAGGAGGAGGGCGACACCAGGGGAGAGGAGUCAAAACCAAGGAGGAGGAGGCGACACCAGGGGAGAGGAGUCAAAACCAAGGAGGAGGAGGCGACACCAGGGGAGAGGAGUCAAAACCAAGGAGGAGGAGGCGACACCAGGGAGAGGAGUCAAAACCAAGGAGGAGGAGGCGACACCAGGGGAGAGGAGUCAAAACCAAGGAGGAGGAGGCGACACCAGGGGAGAGGAGUCAAAACCAAGGAGGAGGAGGCGACACCAGGGGAGAGGAGUCAAAACCAAGGAGGAGGAGGCGACAGACCAGGGGAGAGGAGUCAAAACCAAGGAGGAGGAGGCGACACCAGGGGAGAGGAGUCAAAACCAAGGAGGAGGAGGCGACACCAGGGGAGAGGAGUCAAAACCAAGGAGGAGGGAGGCGACACCAGGGGAGAGGAGUCAAAACCAAGGAGGAGGAGCGACACCAGGGGAGAGGAGUCAAAACCAAGGAGGAGGAGGCGACACAGGGGAGAGGAGUCAAAACCAAGGAGGAGGAGGCGACACCAGGGGAGAGGAGUCAAAACCAAGGAGGAGGAGGCGACACCAGGGGAGAGGAGUCAAAACCAAGGAGGAGGAGGCGACACCAGGGGAGAGGAGUCAAAACCAAGGAGGAGGAGGCGACACCAGGGGAGAGGAGUCAAAACCAAGGAGGAGGAGGCGACACCAGGGGAGAGGAGUCAAAACCAAGGAGGAGGAGGCGACACCAGGGGAGAGGAGUCAAAACCAAGGAGGAGGAGCGACACCAGGGGAGAGGAGUCAAAACCAAGGAGGAGGAGGCGACACCAGGGGAGAGGAGUCAAAACCAAGGAGGAGGAGGCGACACCAGGGGAGAGGAGUCAAAACCAAGGAGGAGGAGGCGACAACCAGGGGAGAGGAGUCAAAACCAAGGAGGAGGAGGCGACACCAGGGGAGAGGAGUCAAAACCAAGGAGGAGGAGGCGACACCAGGGGAGAGGAGUCAAAACCAAGGAGGAGGAGGCGACACCAGGGGAGAGGAGUCAAAACCAAGGAGGAGGAGGCGACACCAGGGGAGAGGAGUCAAAACCAAGGAGGAGGAGGCGACACCAGGGGAGAGGAGUCAAAACCAAGGAGGAGGAGGCGACACCAGGGGAGAGGAGUCAAAACCAAGGAGGAGGAGGCGACACCAGGGGAGAGGAGUCAAAACCAAGGAGGAGGAGGCGACACCAGGGGAGAGGAGUCAAAACCAAGGAGGAGGAGGCGACACCAGGGGAGAGGAGUCAAAACCAAGGAGGAGGAGGCGACACCAGGGGAGAGGAGUCAAAACCAAGGAGGAGGAGGCGACACCAGGGGAGAGGAGUCAAAACCAAGGAGGAGGAGGCGACACCAGGGGAGAGGAGUCAAAACCAAGGAGGAGGAGGCGACACCAGGGGAGAGGAGUCAAAACCAAGGAGGAGGAGGCGACCACCAGGGGAGAGGAGUCACAAACCAAGGAGGAGGAGGCGACACCAGGGGAGAGGAGUCAAACCAAGGAGGAGGAGGCGACACCAGGGGAGAGGAGUCAAAACCAAGGGGAGGAGGCGACACCAGGGGAGAGGAGUCAAAACCAAGGAGGAGGAGGCGAACACCAAGGGGAGAGGAGUCAAAACCAAGGAGGAGGAGGCGACACCAGGGGAGAGGAUCAAAAACAAGGAGGAGGAGGCGACACCAGGGGAGAGGAGUCAAAACCAAGGAGGAGGAGGCAACACCAGGGGAGAGGAGUCAAACCAAGGAGGAGGAGGCGACACCAGGGGAGAGGAGUCAAAACCAAGGAGGAGGAGGCGACACCAGGGGAGAGGAGUCAAACCAAGGAGGAGGAGGCGACACCAGGGGAGAGGAGUCAAAACCAAGGAGGAGGAGGCGACACAGGGGAGAGGAGUCAAAAACCAAGGAGGAGGAGGCGACACCAGGGGAGAGGAGUCAAAACCAAGGAGGAGGAGGCGACACCAGGGGAGAGGAGUCAAAACCAAGGAGGAGGAGGCGACACCAGGGGAGAGGAGUCAAAACCAAGGAGGAGGAGGCGACACCAGGGGAGAGGAGUCAAAACCAAGGAGGAGGAGGCGACACCAGGGGAGAGGAGUCAAAACCAAGGAGGAGGAGGCGACACCAGGGGAGAGGAGUCAAAACCAAGGAGGAGGAGGCGACACCAGGGGAGAGGAGUCAAAACCAAGGAGGAGGAGGCGACACCAGGGGAGAGGAGUCAAAACCAAGGAGGAGGAGGCGACACCAGGGGAGAGGAGUCAAAACCAAGGAGGAGGAGGCGACACCAGGGGAGAGGAGUCAAAACCAAGGAGGAGGAGGCGACACCAGGGGAGAGGAGUCAAAACCAAGGAGGAGGAGGCGACACCAGGGGAGAGGAGUCAAAACCAAGGAGGAGGAGGCGACACCAGGGGAGAGGAGUCAAAACCAAGGAGGAGGAGGCGACACCAGGGGAGAGGAGUCAAAACCAAGGAGGAGGAGGCGACACCAGGGGAGAGGAGUCAAAACCAAGGAGGAGGAGGCGACACCAGGGGAGAGGAGUCAAAACCAAGGAGGAGGAGGCGACACCAGGGGAGAGGAGUCAAAACCAAGAGGAGGAGGCGACACCAGGGGAGAGGAGUCAAAACCAAGGAGGAGGAGGGCGACACCAGGGGAGAGGAGUCAAACCAAGGAGGAGGAGGCGACACCAGGGGAGAGGAGUCAAACCAAAGGAGGAGGAGGCCGACACCAGGGGAGAGGAGUCAAAACCAAGGAGGAGGAGGCGACACCAAGGGGAGGAGGAGUCAAAACCAGGAGGAGGAGGUGACACCAGGGGAGAGGGAGUCAAAACCAAGGAGGAGGAGGCGACACCAGGGGAGAGGAGUCAAAACCAAGGAGGAGGAGGCGACACCAGGGGAGAGGAGUCAAAACCAAGGAGGAGGAGGCGACACCAGGGGAGAGGAGUCAAAACCAAGGAGGAGGAGGCGACACCAGGGGAGAGGAGUCAAAACCAAGGAGGAGGAGGCGACACCAGGGAGAGGAGUCAAAACCAAGGAGGAGGAGGCGACACCAGGGGAGAGGAGUCAAAACCAAGGAGGAGGAGGCGACACCAGGGGAGAGGAGUCAAAACCAGGAGGAGGAGGCGACACCAGGGGAGAGGAGUCAAAACCAGGGAGGAGAGGCGACACCAGGGGAGAGGAGUCAAAACCAAGGAGGAGGAGGCGACGACCAGGGGAGAGGAGUCAAAACCAAGGAGGAGGAGGCGACACCAGGGGAGAGGAGUCAAAACCAAGGAGGAGGAGGCGACACCAGGGGAGAGGAGUCAAAACCAAGGAGGAGGAGGCGACACCAGGGGAGAGGAGUCAAAACCAAGGAGGAGGAGGCGACACCAGGGGAGAGGAGUCAAAACCAAGGAGGAGGAGGCGACACCAGGGGAGAGGAGUCAAAACCAAGGAGGAGGAGGCGAACCCAGGGGAGAGGAGUCAAAACCAAGGAGGGAGGAGGCGACCAAAAAAACCCCAAGGGAGAGGAGUCAAAACCAAGGAGGAGGAGGCGACACCAGGGGAGAGGAGUCAAAACCAAGGAGGAGGAGGCGACACCAGGGAGAGGAGUCAAAACCAAGGAGGAGGAGGCGACACCAGGGGAGAGGAGUCAAAACCAAGGAGGAGAGGCGACACCAGGGGAGAGAGUCAAAACCAAGGAGGAGGAGGCGACACCAGGGAGAGGAGUCAAAACCAAGGAGGAGGAGGCGACACCAGGGGAGAGGAGUCCAAACACCAAGGAGGAGGAGGCGACACCAGGGGAGAGGAGUCAAAACCAAGGAGGAGGAGGCGACACCAGGGGAGAGGAGUCAAAACCAAGGAGGAGGAGGCGACACCAGGGGAGAGGAGUCAAAACCAAGGAGGAGGAGGCGACACCAGGGGAGAGGAGUCAAAAACCAAGGAGGAGGAGGCGACCCAGGGGAAGAGGAGUCAAAACCAAGAGAGAGGCGACCACCAGGGGAGAGGAGUCCAAAACCAAGGGAGGAGGAGGCGACACCAGGGGAUGAGGAGUCAAAAACCAAGGAGGAGGAGGCGACACCAGGGGAGAGGAGUCAAAACCAAGGAGGAGGAGGCGACACCAUGGGAGAGGA